UUGCGCGCCCCGGCCCCCCGGCCUACGUGGGCCGAGUGGAGGGCGUGCGGCUGGGGAUGUGUCUCCUGCUGGGCGCCGCGGGCGUGGGGAAGACGCUUUUGGUGAAACGCCUGCAGAAGCUGAGCUCCCAGGGUGGCCAGGGCGACCUGGGCGAGCCUCCUCCGACGCGGCCCACGGUGGGCACCAACCUUACAGACAUAGUGGCCCAGAGAAAGAUCACCAUCCGAGAGCUCGGAGGGUGCAUGAGCCCCAUCUGGUCGAGUUAUUAUGGGAACUGCCAUUCGCUCAUGUUCGUGAUGGAUGCCUCCAAUCCCACUCAGCUCUCUGCCUCCUGCGUGCAUCUCCUGGGUCUCCUUUCUGCAGAACAACUUUCAGAUGUAUCAGUCCUGAUACUCUUCAACAAGAUUGACCUACCUUGUUACAUGACCGUGGAGGAAGUUAAGUCAUUGAUCAGGCUCCCAGACAUCAUUGCCUGUGCCAAGCAGCACAUCACCACAGCAGAAAUCAGUGCCAGGGAAGGCACGGGCUUGGCUGGCGUGCUGGGCUGGCUCCAGGAGCGGUGUGGAACAAGCCGCUGACUACAAGUUGGAGAAGUCUGGCUGGCCCACCUGCUGACCAGGAGGCAGAGGAUGCAGUAAUGCCUUCAGUGGUCUGACAGGCAGAACAGCCUAGCAGAGUCCUAGACAAUAGCGAUCUGUGCUGAGGUGCAGUUCUGGGUCAAGAGCCACCAGGAGUACAGUUCCGGACAUCUGAAGAAGACUGUCCUCAGUGCGGGGAAGGAGGGCUGGCCUGUAAGCGGCCUCCGAGGAUGACACCCCCAGCACUUGUUUCCCUGUCCCCAGGAAGCCCACUGGAUGUACGCCAAGGUGUUUGUAUUACGGUGCCACCACAGAGACCCGGUGCCCUGCCUAUAAUACAAGCCCCAAUUUGUUUACAUUUCUGAUACCCUGACCACCCCAUCCUUCCUCCUCCCAGGCUACAAGGGGGUGGACAAAGUGAGUGUGAGAUGAAGAACUAAGGCUCAAGUUAGAAACAAGCGCCUGGUGGGGCCCAAGGCCCGUGGUCGCUACACUGAGGGAGGCUGGGCUGAAGGAUCACCUAAGCCCAGGAAGUGGAGUGGAGGACAGCAUGGGCAGCACAGGUAGCCCCUUUACAUUAAAAACCAACACCAAGGGCUUG